CCGGUCAUAUGAUAAAGACCCGAGUUUGUCUGCGGCCUGCGAUCGAUUUUGCCAAUUCGCAACACAUUUCGCCUGAAAUUUCGAAAAAGAGGUCAAAAGGUCAGCUGGAAGGAUGGUAGGCGCACUCUUCAACAUCGACGGAGGCUACCUGGAGGGACUUUGUCGCGGAUUCAAAUGCGGUAUCCUCAAACAGGCCGACUAUUUGAACCUCGUCCAGUGCGAGACCCUUGAAGAUUUGAAACUGCACCUGCAAGGCACAGACUAUGGCAAUUUCCUUGCAAACGAGCCGAGUCCUUUGGCGGUCUCGGUCAUCGACGACAAACUCCGGGACAAACUGGUCAUCGAGUUCCAACACAUGCGAAAUCACGCUGUUGAACCUCUCUCCACCUUCCUCGACUUCAUCACGUACAGCUACAUGAUCGACAACAUCAUCCUGCUCAUCACCGGCACUCUCCACCAAAGGCCGAUUUCUGAGCUCAUUCCCAAAUGCCAUCCGUUAGGCAGUUUUGAGCAGAUGGAGGCCAUCCACGUCGCAGCCACCCCUGCCGAGCUUUACAACGCAGUCCUCGUCGACACCCCACUUGCUCCGUUCUUUGUCGACUGCAUCAGCGAGCAGGACUUGGACGAGAUGAAUGUGGAAAUCAUUCGUAACACCCUGUACAAGGCUUACCUUGAGGCUUUCUAUGCAUUUUGCAAAGAACUCGGAGGCACCACUGCUGAAACCAUGUGCGAAGUCUUAGCUUUUGAGGCUGACAGGCGUGCCAUUAUCAUCACCAUCAACUCCUUUGGCACUGAGCUGACCAAGGACGACCGAGUUAAAUUGUAUCCAAAGGUCGGAAAAUUGUACCCUGAUGGUUUGGCUGCUCUGGCAAGGGCUGAUGAUUAUGAGCAAGUCAAAGCUGUUGCUGAAUAUUAUGCGGAGUACAGAGCAUUGUUUGAGGGGUCCGGAAACAACCCAGGAGACAAAACUUUGGAAGACAAGUUCUUUGAGCAUGAGGUCCGUUUGAAUGUGAACGCAUUCCUCCAGCAGUUCCAUUUUGGCGUGUUCUACUCGUACUUGAAACUGAAGGAGCAAGAGUGUCGCAACGUCGUUUGGAUUGCGGAGUGCGUUGCCCAGAGACACCGCACCAAGAUCGACAACUACAUCCCCAUCUUCUAAGGUAAAAUCAGCCCUUUGAAUAUCCUCCGAGCAGAUUGAAUGUUAAAAAUUAACAAAAUUAUAUUGGCGCCAUAUCCGAUCAUUUCAUUCGUUAUCGUUUUGGUGCUUUCUUUCCGUUUUCUCAUUCCAAAUUUUAUCGUUCCGUUGAACUCAUGUGAUAAAUUUUAUUUUCCUUUUGUCAAUUAAUAGUUUCCAUUUAAAGUCAUACCUCUAGAAAACAAAGCCAUUUUGUUGGCCAAGUGUAAAUUUUCCUGUAAAUUUAUUUGCGGUUGUUGAAACAGUAUUUGGAAACCUACACAGUCAGGUUCGUGUAAAUUUCUAAAUUGCAAUGUUGACGAACAAAAUUAUCCAUAGCAUAAAAAAUGUAAAUAUUAUAUUAUUAGCCUGGCCCAAAGGUGUUGGAUUUCAAGUUCAGUAAAUAAAUUAUACAUACUGUGCAUAUAAAUUGAAGAAGAACAUUU